CGCUCUGGGCCACGUCCGGGCGGGCGGAUUUGAAAUUGCGAGGAGGCGGCGGCGCUGGCGGUAACGGCAGGGCGGGGAGCGGGAGGGCAGCGGCAGCAAUACCCUCACCCUCACGGCUUCACCCCGUGGGACAAGUGUUCGUGCGGCCACGGUCUACUUGUUUAUUCUGAGCCUUUGGAAAAUUAUUGUGGCAUUUAGAAAAGAAAAUACCCUUAAGUCCUGGAUUUCCUGAUACUGCUGGAAUACUGAGGGAUUGUGGUUUACAGCAGUCACAAUGCGGCGAAGCUCAAGUACUGCUGGAAGCAGCAGUCGACAAUCUAUGAUGGCACUGAGAGUGCAGGACAAUAACAAGAUUGGUCUUCAGACACCUCAGAUGAAGGACAGAAGCGUCUUUGGGAAGCUAAGCAUGAGCAAACCGACAUCUGGAGCUUCAGAAAGAAAAGUCAGCUGUUUUGGGAACAGAGCGAGUGGGGCUGGAGGAUCACGCGGCAGCCAGUAUGGUGUGUUUGGGACAGAAAAGAUAAAGGAUCCCAGGCCCCUUCAUGACAAGGCAUUCAUCCAACAAUGUAUCAAAAAGCUUUGUGAGUUUCUCGUUGAGAAUGCUUAUGCCCACAAUGUUUCCAUGAAAUCACUACAAUCUCCAUCAGUUAAGGACUUUUUAAAGAUCUUCACCUUUAUCUAUAAAUUUCUCUGCCCUUCUUAUGAACUACCUGACUCAAAAUUUGAAGAGGAAAUUCCCAAAGUUUUUAAAGACCUUGGGUACCCCUUUGCUCUGUCAAAAAGCUCCAUGUACACUGUGGGUGCACCACACACCUGGCCUCAGAUUGUGGCAGCUUUAGUUUGGUUAAUUGAUUGCGUCAAGCUGUACAAUGCGAUCAGGGAAAAUGCACCAUCGUUCGAUGACAAACAGAGCUGGGGAGGAGAGACAGAUGAUGGAAUUGUACAUAAUAAGCUUUUUAUGGACUACUGUGUGAAGUGCUAUGAUCUUUUCAUGAAAGGGAGAGAUACCUUUGAAGAGUUGGAUGCUGAAGUGCAGUCAAAAUUAAAGGAUUUAUUUAAUAUAGAUCCAUUCCAGAUGGAAAGUUUAGCAGCUGAAAACAAAAGACUUCAAGAAGAGAUUGCAAGACUAGAAAAAGAAAAGGAAAGUGAGCCGGAUCGUAGAGUAACGCUACGAAAUGUGAAAUCAUCUCUUCAAGCAGACGUCCAGAAAUACCAGGCUUAUUUGGCUAAUCUGGAAUCUCAUAUAGCCAUCCUUGAUCAAAAACUGGAAAGUGUUAAUGAUGAAGUUGAGACAGCAGAAAUGGAAGUAGAAGCAAUGAAGCAGGAGAAUGCCCGUCUCCGGCACAUCUUAGAUAACCAAAAGUACUCAGCUGCGGACAUUGAGAGACUAAAUCAUGAGAGAAAUGAGCUGCAGCAAACCAUUAACAAGCUGACUAAGGAACUGGAAGCAGAAGAACAUCAGCUGUGGAAUGAAGAGCUAAAAUAUGCUAGGAAUAAAGAGGCGAUCGAAAUGCAACUGGCAGAGUAUCAUAAACUGGCUCGAAAGCUGAAAUUAAUUCCAGUAAGUGCUGAGAAUUCCAAAGGCCACGACUUUGAGAUUCAGUUUAAUCCUGAGGCAGGACCAAAUUGCCUAGUCAAAUACAGAACUCAAAUCAAGGCUCCCCUCAUGGAGAUCAUCAACGAGACUGAGGAAGAAAUUAGUAAAGCCACUCAACGGAAGAUGACUUUGGAAGAUACUUUGGAACAGGUGAAUGUAAUGCUAGAGGACAAGAAACGCAGUGUGAAAAUGCUGACAGAAGAAGCUGAAAAGCUGGAUGAUCUUUACCAGCAGAAGCUUAAGGAGAUAGAAGAAGAAGAGCAGAAAUGUGCAAAUGAACUGGAAUCGUUAAAGAAGCAUAAAGAGUUACUUGAGAGUGGUGUCUAUGAAGGGCUCAGUGAAGCCACAAAUGAAUUGCAUGAACUCCAAAGACAAUAUCAAGUUGUUUUGCAAACAACAACAGAAGAGAAGAGAAAAAUUGGUGCUAACUUGAGUCGUCUUAUAGAAACAGUUGCUACUCAUAUAGCAUCUAUAGUGAAAUACCUUGAUGAACAGAAUGCGAGAAUUUACAGAGAUGAUGAAGAAUUCAUGCCUGAAGAUCUAUUAUCAGACUUGGCCAGCAUCCUAGACAGUUAUAAAAAGAAGGCUGAAAGUGUCUAAUCACUAGAAAGAUGAAGAUAAAAAUGUUGUAUUUCUGAAGCUCUAGUAUGGGGCCUUCUAAAGGGAUGGGUACUUACCUAUGUUUAGCACUGAAACUGGUUUUAAGUGGAAGGAAGUAGUUAUGAACAUUCUUUGUUUUGUUGACACAAAUACAUUUAAGAAUUAAACAAUAUAUUUGCAUUUUCUUAAGAAAUGCUCUGCUCAGACUUUGUACUUUCAAUAGUGUAUGUAUGCAUUUAGGGCACACACAUCACAGACAGUUCACUUCCUUCCCCAAGCCUUAUUUUACUAGCAAGACUAAAUGUAAAUGUCGGUCUCCUGCUUGUUCAGUUACCUAUGAAACUGCACAGAGACACCUCUUACAUGAGUAAAAAAACAAAACCUCUUUUGAAAAGAUUAAUCCUUGUAUAGUAUUCUUGUAAAUAAUCUAGAAAAAGAAACACAGUAGUUUGAAAACCAAGCUUUGUCUUUAGCUGCUCAUACUCCCAGAUGAAACUUCACUGAACUUCUUGAAUAUAUGUACCAGAGAAAGCUCUAAAUAGGACAUCAUAGUAAUUCUGGCUGUAUAUCUAAUCACUUGUAGGUUUGGUACAUGUUAGAUGUAUCAAAAUGGUCUAAAAUGUCUGUAUUCUUCUUGUUAGGCCAGUUGGACAGACUUUGAUGUUUCCUCAGGAAAGUAACAGUAAAAUUAGUGUAUGGGCAGCUCUGGUCCAAAUACUUUAAAGAAAGUGGAUCAAUGCUAUGUGAAAGUAGUAUGUUUUUAUCUAUUCUGUGUAUCAUUUUAUGUUAAAAAAUAAAUAAAUAAAACCCAGCAUUCAUAUCUUGGACAGUUUAUGAUGAUAUUUCCUAUUAAAAGCAUUGAAGUAUUUGAGUGUUGUUUUUAUAGGUCAAACAUUCAAAUAUAUAAAGAUAAAAACAAUUUUGCAGUUGUUUAAAGGCACUUAGCAGCUGAUAGAUAAAGAAAGCUGCUCCUUAAUUCUACAAUAUUUGAAUAAAUCAUGGAUCCAUAGGAUAUACAACAAAACUUGAGUUAGACCAUCUAAACACAGACUGAAUUGGUUAAUUCUAGGCUAUUUUUGCAGAUUAAGUUUAAAACUCAGUUGUUCUUAACAUAGUGCGUGAAUCUUCUGGCCCUGGUAUGAGUAUUUUGUUUCAAAUAUGAUCAGGAUGACAUUAUUUAAGCUUCUAAUUUUCUGUUCCUUUUUUAUACUCCAGAAUUCUAAUUUGACAGCUAGAAAAGCCUUCCGACAGGUGGGAAUUUCCAUGUUUUCUUUUGUUGUCCCUUCUCUUGUCUUUACAGACUUUUUGUUUUCUGUAACAAACUAGUCUUUACUACAUCCCAGUUCCUUCUCUUUAGAAGUUUUUUCUUUUGUGAUCUCUUCAACAUUUUUGUUAUCUAAAGCAAGGUAGCAAUCUAAUGGAGCAAAAGUAUGAGCUGUAGAUGAGAGCCAUGUUCCUUUAAACUAUGUGCUUAUUUAGGGGCUAUGCUUUCUCUUGACUCCCCCAUACCUGUUUAUCUCUGCUUCUAUAACUGACCUUGUGUUUCUAGCAUCUGUAGGUGUGCAGUAGUCAGUUGAUUAAAUGAGAGCAAAAUAAAUGGCAUUUCCAAAGCCCCUAAUCAACAUGGGUCAAAGAAUUAAAAUCACCAUGCCUUCGCUUAAUGCACUGGCCAGUGUAAUAUUCUGAAAUUAAGGUAGUCCAAAUAAUAAAAACAAAAUACAUGUUAGUAACAUUGGCAAUGUGUUUUUGUUAUUGGUUUGUAUGUCACUUAAGCUAAACUGCCUUUAGAACUGCCUCAAAUUUGGAUCUAGGUUUUGUACAAUACUAUGGGGCUGUGUGUUGUAAUCUAACAGAUCAACAUCAGCCAAUGUUUACUAGGUACUAUGUCUUCACAAUUUAAAAAUUGAGGGAAUUUUUUAAUCCUUGUUCAACAUGUUUUCUCUGUAAUAUUGAAAAUCAGGCAGGUUUUUUUUUUGAUUUGUAUUCUGGAAUAUGGCUUCUAAAUUUAGGCAGUAAGCACUAGAACAUAAUUACUGCUCUUGGUUUUGGUUUUGUUUCUUUAUUGGAAUAUAAAGUCUUAUUGAGAAAGUA